AUGAGGACCAAUACAGUGGUUUUCGCCUUCAUGGCGAUUAUGGUGGCGUCGGCUGCAGCUGACUCAAACUUCUUCGGUGGCAAGGGCAGCCUGCUUGCGCAGCUGGGCCUGGGCUCGACGCCCUUCAGCGGCUUCGCGUCGUCCGGCAAGGGCGCCAUCUCCGGCCUCCUGAACCAGACAGUGUCGUUCAAGACUGGGGCAGCCAAGGGCCUCCCUGCCCUCCCCAGCAAGCCCGACCUGUCCAACAUCACCGACACGAUCUCCGGCCUCAUCAGCCAGCUGACCCAGGCCAAGACGAGCCUGGUCCCCAAGCAGAUCCCUGCGAUCCCCACCAUCGCGAUCCCGGCCAUCCCCAGCAAGCCCGACCUGGCCAACAUCACCAACUCCCUGUCGGGCCUGAUCAGCCAGCUGAGCAAGGCCAAGCCCGCCCCGGGCAAGCCCGACCUGAGCGGCAUCAUCUCGCCGCUCACCAGCGCCCUCGGCCAGCUCACCAACAAGAGCUUCCCGGCCAUCCCCUCCUUCCCCAAGCCCACGAUCCCCAGCAUCCCCACCUUCACCCUGCCCAACAUCACCAAGCCCGACUUCAAGAUCCCCACCAUCCCGACCAUCCCCAAGCCUGAUUUCAAGAUCCCCACCUUCACCCUGCCCAACAUCACCACGCCCGACUUCCCCAAGAUCCCGGCUGACCUGUUCAACAAGUCGGCGCCCGCGAUCCCCGCGAUCCCCAUCGACGCCAUCACCAAGGCGAUCAGCCAGCUGACCGACGCGAAGAAGGCCGCCGUGUCGCAGCUGGCCCUCCCCGCCUUCCCCAAGUUCACCCUGCCCAACAUCACCAAGCCCCAGCUGCCCAAGCUGCCCACCCUCCCCAAGCCCGACUUCAAGAUCCCCACCUUCGCCCUGCCCAACAUCACCAAGCCCGAGCUCCCCAAGAUCCCCACCGUGAGCAUCGGCACCAAGUCGAUCGACGUGCCGACCGUGUCCCUGCCCACCGUGGGCACCAAGGACGUGACCAUCCCCAAGGUCAACAUCACCGCCAAGGUGCCGUCCGUGGGCCUCCCCACCAUCGGCACCAAGAAGGUGGACGUGCCCACCGUCAAGAUCGGCAGCCGCAAGAUGGCGCUCUGA